AAUAAUGCAGGUCGCCAUCAUCUGACUUUUGAGUUUGCAGUCUGUCAUGCAAUUCAAUCCUGAACCUCUUUUAACCUUCUCAACCCGGCCAGCUCUCCCAGCCCCUGAACUUUCUUUUGUUCGUUAUAAAGCGCCGUCAGAAAGGCUCUAGGUAUUUUCCGUAGCGUCGAAACCUUGAAACCUUGAUCACGAUCACGAGGACAAGUAACUUACACACAAGUAACUUACACGACCGAAAUGGCAUUUUUACAAUUACAGAAGGACCUGGAAAAGCUGAUCGGCUCAGCUAAACUGUCCGAUGCCGUACAAGAUGUCGACAAGAUUAUAGACCUACUCACCGACGCGCGGGAGAAGGUGGCAUCAGCUAAUAAUCCUCAUACCACCAAUCUAACCCUCGCCAAACUACAAAAUCCCAUCAAGGAGCAACUAGAUGGAUUAAAUAGCGAUUUAAGACAUGUUUAUAAAGCUCAGAAUGAAUUCAACAAGGCCCUCAAGGCCGCUUUCCCUAAAGCUCUGGGCUCUCUUCCCACCGAACACGAUCCCAUGCAAUCCCACUCGACUCUUAUAAACCGGGCUAUCGUCAUGCAUUUGCUACGAGAAGGUCAAUUUGGUGUGGCCUCGACAUUUAUUAAUGAAGUGCAGCAACAAUCUGAACUUGAACCUGAACAUCGACAACAACCUGGACCUGCCCAAGCUCAACAGCUCGAAUCCGAAUUCGAAUCCGCAUCCGAAUCCCAGCAGCCAUCUUCCAAACCCAACUUUCAUCCUGUCAUGUCUCCUGAAUAUUUGCCACCUACCGACGCCAUAAUAACUGAUGCUGAUAUCCCUUCCGACUUAACAGCAUUCCAAUCCCAGGCCCUCCAAUCCUCCUUCGCCGAUAUGUAUUCCAUUCUUUCGGCUCUCAAAGCCCAUAACUUAUUGCCCGCUAUAAGCUGGGCCAGGGAGAAUUGUGUGGAACUCGAAGCGCGCGGCUCGAACCUCGAAUUUGAGCUCUGCAAGCUACAGUUCAUAUGGCUUUUUAAAGGCCCCGGAAUCAAUGGACUUCCCGAUACGCCGGAGAACGGGGUGCAAGGUGCACUGCAAUAUGCUAGGGAAAACUUUGGUCGUUUUCAGCAGCGCCAUCUACGCGAGAUUCGACAGCUUAGCGCUGCGAUAGUCUACUCCCAGAACCUAGCAGAUUCGCCGUACAGCUCUAUAUUCGACAUCUCAGCCGCCUUCGACGAGGUCUCAGCAUCGUUUACGAGAGAAUUCUGUUCCCUUCUAGGCUUAUCGGCUGAAUCUCCUCUCUACGUUGCGGUUACGGCCGGCGCUCUGGCUUUGCCUUGGUUAAUCAAGUACAACACUAAAACGAAGGCAAAGGGUACCGAGUGGACAACGGCCAACGAACUGGCCUUUGAGACACCACUUCCCCGGAGUAUGAUGUACCACUCUAUCUUUGUGUGCCCAGUCAGCAAGGAACAAACCACCGAAUCAAACCCUCCCGUCAUCCUACCGUGCGGUCACGUUCUCGCGAAAGAGAGCUUGCAUAGACUAGCUAAAGGCAGCCGAUACAAGUGCCCAUACUGCCCUAGCGAAGGUGUUGUUAAGGAUGCUAAGGAGAUCAUAUUAUAAGCAUGCGAUAGGAGCCGGGUCUUGAUUUGUUAGGAGUAAUAGGUGUUUUUUUAAGUCCGUCAAAUGGGAAUGGAAUUGACUACUUGGAAUUCGGCGUACCAUGAUGGGGGCCGGUCCGGCCAGGGAUUGACGUUCUCGUUACGUUCUCAUGAGGGGUCUUGGGGGGAUGAUAUGCCAAAACUCAACUCUGACGUAAAUACGCCGGGACGUACUUGGGGUUAUUGAACUUCAUUAUUAUAAUCGAACAUUGACAGGGGGGUUAUUUUAUCUUGCCCUCGUUGCCAAAAUCUCAACUGCAGAAAGAUAAGGUCAACAAACUGAGUGCUUUGAAAGCAGCCCUAUAUGCACAUGACAAUUUCAAGUAAAUUAGUACCUAUGUAGAAUCAUUACUCGGUACUUAAAAAAGGAUUUAUUAGAUAAUAUUAGAAAAUUACUUAAGAGGCACCUACCAGGUAGGUAAUCUUAUACAUUUAGUUAAGUGAAACCUAAGG